UUACUGCAACCUCGCGGAAGUGCAAACUUUCUGUGUUAUGUCACAGGAACUACAUUCUUAUCAAAUUAGAAGACUGAAAGUAAUUGCAGCGACAGUCUUGAGUUCAAGAGACCUCCUUAACCAGGUGUUUUUCACCCCUGGGAAACAGUAACAACAGCUGCCAUGCAGAAAUACCCAAAUCCAAUGAACCCCAGUGUGGUUGGAGUUGAUGUUCUGGACAGACACGUAGACCCUAGCGGGAAGUUGCACAGCCAUAGGCUGCUCAGUACAGAAUGGGGAAUACCCUCUAUUGUGAAAUCGCUCAUUGGCACAUGCAGAACAAGGACGUAUGUUCAGGAGCACUCUGUUGUGGAUCCAGUGAAAAAAACAAUGGAGCUUAAAUCCAGUAAUAUUUCAUUUACAAACCUAGUGUCAGUAGAUGAGAGGCUCGUCUAUAAACCACACCCUCAUGAACCACAGAAAACUAUUUUGACACAAGAAGCAAUAAUAUCUGUGAAAGGUGUCAGUCUUAGUAGUUACCUAGAAGGAUUAAUGGCAAACACAAUCUCUUCCAAUGCUAAUAAAGGCCGUGAAGCAUUGGAAUGGGUAAUUAAUAAACUGAAUGCUGAAAUUGAGGAGUUCACUGCUUCAGCAAGAGGAACCAUGAGGAAUUCAAUGGCAGCAGCAGCAUUUGUAGAGAAAUGAUAGUAAAUAUACUUAUAUUACUGAACAGGUUUAACAGUCUAAAGCUUCUCUCCAAACCUAAAUAUAUGUAUUUGAUCUUUAAAGGCAUACC